UUAUGAAAACAAAGGGAUUUAUUUCAGUUUACAAAAUGAAACAGCUUUUUCGUAGCACUUAUCAUACUUAAUUAAGCUUGAGGAUAGCUAGAUUAUGCUUUAAUAUAGUUCAAUUGCUUUAAAUACGGAAAUCGUAAAAGAGGAUGUUUAAACGUAUAGAACAUACUCUAGUAACGUUAAUAAUUCACAAAGCAAUGGCAGCAGCAUUCGUCUUUUAAACAGGUUAAACAUCUGCCGUUAUAACGAUGGUGGUGGAGGUGGAGAGUUUUUAUGGAGUGUAUAUGUUGUAUUGUACGAACCCGAAAUUUAAGGGUCGAAUAUACAUUGGCUUUACUGUGAACCCAGAGCGCCGAAUAGGACAGCAUAACGCCGGGCGACACAGAGGGGGAGCCAAGAGAACCAGUGGAAGAGGACCAUGGGAGAUGGUGCUUAUUAUUCACGGCUUUCCAUCUGAUAUUGCAGCCCUUCGGUUUGAGUGGGCAUGGCAGCAUCCUCACAUCUCUCGUCGACUGUCCCAUGUUACCCGACGUACCCGUAAGGAGUCGAGUUUGCAGUUCCACUGGCGUGUAGUGUCAAACAUGUUACGGGCUGCACCGUGGUGUCGACUCCCACUCACUGUGCGCUGGCUGAAGCAGGAGUACCGUAUGGAGUUUGCUCCUGAGCUGCAACCUCCUCUGCACAUCCCUCUAACUUUUGGCUGUGUUCGUGCUAAGAGGAAACCACAGCAAGAGUGCAAGGAGCAAGAGGAGAGACGGAUAGAGUGGUGUGCGCUGUGCAGAGAGCUUGUGGAGACUGCUGACAGGCUGUCUUGUUUUCACCCUUCAUGUCAAAUGGUUUGCCAUUUAAUCUGCCUGGCCCGACAUUUUUUAAAGUCAGACCCCUCUCAUCUACUUCCUGUUGAGGGAGAGUGUCCCGGCUGCAGUCACUCAGUGCUGUGGGGGAGUUUGAUUCGACACAAAAACGGCUGUUAUGGUGAUUUAGAAGAAAUAACCUCAUUGUCAUCUCAGAGUCAUUGGACCGAUGAACUACAGUUAUGAGGACACAGCUGUUGUUAUCACUUCAAGAAGUUUUUAUGAGACUGAGCUGACUUUGAAAUGGACAGCAUCACACUAGGGUCAAAAGAAGUUUAUGAAGAUGUCUAGAUGUUAUUGGGAAAUUAUGCGAGAUUGAGCAUUUAACUCAAGCCUCACUUGCCUUUAGCUAUGAUCAUAAAGCUGAAAAGAGUCUUCACACACAAGCUUAUAACAUAUUUAUAUACACAAUAUAUUUAUAUAGCAUUCAAUAAAUGAACAUAAUGUGUAAGCUUAGUUGACACAAGGAUCUUUUCUAGAUAGGGAUUUUUAUAAAUAUGAAAACUUUUUAACUUUUAUAUGUAAUAAUCAUGUAUGGUCAUAUGUUUUGUACAAUAAAUCAUGGUAGUUCAUGA